AUGCCAACGAAAGUGAGGGUGGAUCUCGAUGGCUCUGGACAGAUUGCGACUUGCUUCUUCAAGGCUUUUGGGCCAGGAAUUACGGGAGGCCCGGUCAACAGGGAACGGAACGCCUACAAGGGAAUCUAUACGUCUGGUCUCGGUGAAGACGUUCAUGUUGGCGGCCUCGUCGGUAUAGCUCACGAGCACCAAAGCGACAGCACUGUGGGGCUACUGCUUCGGUACAUUGACCACCGCGGGACGCUCUACGACGUGGUGGAUGAUAACCCGGGGCCGGAUUUGAGGAAGAAAUGGGCAGCACAGAUUGAGAAGGCAGUGGCUGAUUCACAAAAGGACAACGCUUGGCUCACCGAUUUCGAGGGCGGUUACACUCACGGUUGGGUUGACCCUGAUAAGGCAGAAACCGUGGAAGGCGAUCUACAAGGACUGCAGCGCAUCAUGAGGUUCAUCUUCGAGGGACCUCAAGCCGAUCAAUAA